GUGCAACUCAUCCCAUCUCUCGAGUCUCGACUGCCAUAAUUUAUGUCCCUUGUGAUUGCCUGGGUCGAGUGCGGCGGAGGCACUAGGGCGAUUGGCGAGCGAUUUCGUGAUCUCACCCAAUCUACAAAACCCUAUCUAGAACUCCAUGCCUUCAUAUUUCAGGCUUCGAAUUCUCUACACUACUCACUUCUCUUCUGUCACAAAGUUCCAGUUUCAGCCUAUUUUAUCCUCUCUUUUUUUGUCGGUUUAACGGAACCUAGAUCGCGACAGACUAUUAGCUGCUUCUGCGGCUGCUCCCUACAGAGAACAUAGGUUUUCUGGUUUGAAAGAGUCCGCUUCCUUUCACAGGAAGGUACAGAGCUUCCAUGGCGCAUUUUGCCAUAGCCCAUUGCAACAUGAAUUCUUUUCUAGCAGCCAAAAGCUUUGUUAGAAAUACUGGUUCAUGUUAUUCCAUCUGCCACAACUCUGUUCCGUUCCAAACCAACAGAUGUUCCAAAGGAUUCCUUAGAUUGUGUAAGGGUAGGCAUCAAAAUCAAUCAAUUGUACGAGCUACUGCCACCCCCAUGAGCCGAGAACUUGAGAAGAGAACAUUGUCGGGGUCACUUCAUAGUGAUUCAUUCUCCAAACCCAAAAAGGUUAUGAUUAUUGGUGGUGAUGGUUAUUGUGGUUGGGCAACUGCCCUGUACCUCUCGAAUAAGGGCUAUGAGGUUGCUAUAGUUGAUAAUCUUGUGCGUCGCCUAUUUGAUCACCAGCUUGGUAUUGACUCCCUUACACCAAUCUCUUCCAUCCAGAAUCGUAUUCAUCGAUGGAAAUCAAUUGUGGGCAAAAACAUCCAGCUCUAUAUUGGUGAUAUAUGUGACUUUGAGUUCCUUGCUGAAGCUUUUAAAGCUUUUGAACCUGAAUCUGUUGUUCACUUUGGUGAGCAAAGAUCUGCUCCUUAUUCUAUGAUUGACCGGUCCAGAGCUGUGUAUACACAACAUAACAAUGUGAUUGGAACUCUUAAUGUUCUCUUUGCUAUCAAGGAAUUUAGCCCAGACUGUCACCUGGUAAAGCUUGGGACGAUGGGAGAGUAUGGAACUCCUAAUAUUGAUAUCGAGGAAGGCUAUAUUACCAUAACUCACAAUGGAAGAACUGAUACAUUACCUUAUCCCAAGCAAGCAAGCUCUUUUUACCACUUAAGCAAGGUGCAUGAUUCUCAUAAUAUUGCUUUUACUUGCAAGGCCUGGGGGAUCCGGGCUACAGAUUUGAACCAGGGUGUCGUUUAUGGAGUUCUGACAGAUGAAACUGAGAUGCAUGAAGAGCUAUACAACAGAUUCGAUUAUGAUGGGGUGUUUGGAACAGCACUUAAUCGCUUCUGUGUGCAAGCAGCCGUGGGACACCCUCUUACUGUAUAUGGCAAGGGUGGUCAGACACGAGGAUAUCUGGAUAUUAGGGAUACAGUGCAGUGUGUUGAGUUGGCGAUUGCAAAUCCAGCCAAGCAAGGUGAGUUUCGAGUGUUUAACCAGUUCACAGAACAAUUCUCUGUCAACGACCUUGCCAAGUUGGUUACGACAGCUGGAAAGAAGCUCGGACUGGAUGUGCAGACAAUUAGUGUGCCAAACCCGCGAGUGGAGGCAGAAGAACACUACUACAAUGCCAAGCACAGUAAACUAAUUGAGCUAGGCCUUCAACCGCACUUGCUUUCUGAUUCACUUUUGGAUUCAUUGCUCAAUUUUGCCAUCAAAUUUAAGGAUCGAGUGGACACAGCUCAGAUAAUGCCCACUGUUUCAUGGAAGAAGAUUGGAGUGAAACCAGUUACAGUAUAGCUAACUUGGCUAAAGAACGCUAAUGUAAUACCAAAUACAUGAGUCUAUCCUUCAGAGACAAACUAAGCAAAGGAACGAUCUGUUGUAGGCUUGUUGCAAUACAUUUCUCAGUUGUCCUGUCGCUUUGAAUUAUUCUUCGCAAAUAAAUAGUGCUUAUGUAACGCUGGAUACUGCAAAUUGUAUCAAAGUUGUAAUAAAAAAAUUUGAUAACUUGCCAAAACA